UGGACUGAACGUGUAGGUGUCCUCAUAUUCCGGCACGCGUUUACAUUGUGUUGUUAAUAAUUUGUUAGAAAUAUGCAAACCUUACGCGAAUUUACGCGUAAAACCAAACGCGGGAACAUAUUAAAAAUAGUGCGAGAGCAUUAUCUGCGCGAUGAUAUUGGCUGCGGAUCAGAUCUGUGUCAGUAUUGCUUCCAAAACGAAGCCUACCAAUUGACAUCGGAUCACGAAAUCAAGAGCAGCCUCUUUAAAUAUCCGCACUAUAUUGUGCUGGAUACCAAUGUGGUAUUGGAUCAGAUCGAUGUGCUCGAGGAGGAUGUGUUUCACAAUGUUAUUGUGCUCACCACGGUGCUCAACGAGGUGAAACACAAGAGUUCAUCCAUCUACAAGCGUCUCAACGAAAUCAUUCACGAUCGCACUCGCAAUUUCUACGUGUUUGUCAAUGAACAUCACAAAGACACCUAUGCAGAUCGGGAGCCAGACGAAAGCGCUAACGAUCGUAAUGAUCGAGCUAUUCGCAUGGCCGCCAAAUGGUAUGACACCCAUCUGCAAAUCUCCCAGGAGUCCAAAGUUUUUCAGCGCAGCGGAAGAUCCGUUACACGUGUUGUGCUUCUAACUGACGAUGCGGGAAAUCGAUCUAAGGCCGAAGCAGAGGGAAUUUUGGUGUCCACUGCAGCGGAUUACGUUAAAUCGCUUGAAGACUUUCCCCUGUUGGUUGACAAAUUGUCGCAGAAGACAUUCGAGAAUGAGAAACAGGCUCUUCCCCAAUAUCCACCGCAUUUGAGCAUGAAGGAGCUGCUUGAGGGUUUCCGGCAAAAGAAGCUGCUGCAAGGCGCAUUUCAAGCAUCCAGGGAGAACUAUCUUGAAGGCAGUGUUAAUGUCGAGAGUUUCGAAAAGGGCAUUUUGAUACAAGGACGCGAAUCACUUAAUCGCGCUGUGGAUGGAGAUCUUGUGGCCGUGGAACUAUUGCCCGAGAGCGAAUGGUCAGCGCCCAGUGAAAUUGUGCUGGAGGAGAAGAAUGUCUAUGCGGACGAUGUGCCCAGCGAGGAUCGUGUGGAGCAAGAGAAGGAAAUGCUGCAGCAAGUGCAGACAGCACCAGUUGCCGAGCGAACACCCACUGGUCGCAUUGUGGGCAUUGUGCGUCGCAAGUGGCGUCAAUAUUGUGGCAUUCUACAGCCCAGUCUGAUCGAGGAUACGACACGUCAUAUAUUUGUGCCCGCUGAUCGCAAGAUUCCACGCAUUCGCAUCGAGACGCGUCAGGCGGACAAAUUGCAAAACCAACGCAUCAUUGUCACCAUUGACAGUUGGCCAAGGAACUCACGCUAUCCGCAUGGACACUUUGUUCGUUCGCUGGGACCACUGGGCAACAUGGCCACUGAGAAUGAGGUCAUAUUACUGGAGCACGAUGUGCCACACUGCAAAUUCUCCGAAGAAGUUCUCAGCUUCUUGCCCAAAAUGCCAUGGACUAUUACACCGGAGGAUUAUGCCAAGCGUGUUGAUCUACGCGACUUGUAUAUUUGCUCUGUGGAUCCACCAGGCUGCACAGACAUUGAUGAUGCACUCCAUUGUCGCGAGCUGCCCAAUGGCAACUUGGAGGUGGGCGUACACAUUGCCGAUGUCAGUCAUUUCAUAAGACCAGGAAACGCUCUGGACAAGGAGGCUGCUGCACGUGGCACAACUGUAUACUUGGUUGGCAAGCGUAUUGACAUGGUGCCCGAACUGCUUAGCUCCAAUCUUUGCUCGCUGGUUGGUGGCGUUGAACGUUUUGCCUUUUCCUGUGUCUGGGAAAUGGAUAAGGAGGCGAAUGUUUUAACUAAACGCUUCCACAAGAGCGUCAUCAAGUCUAAGCGUGCCAUGACCUACGAGGAGGCGCAAGUCCUUAUCGAUGACGCCGCCCAGACUGGUGAAAUUGCCAAAUCGCUGCGUCAUCUUAAUCGUCUGGCCAAGAUUCUCAAAAAGCGUCGCAUGGACAAUGGCGCUUUGGUGUUGGCUUCACCAGAGAUACGUUUCCAAGUGGACAGCGAAACCCAUGAGCCACUCGAGGUGGAGGCCAAGCAAAUGCGCGAUACUAACUCAAUGGUCGAGGAGUUCAUGUUGUUGGCUAAUAUAUCCGUGGCACAACACAUUGCUGCUGAAUUCACUGAAUGCGCUGUGCUGCGUCGUCAUCCAAAGCCGCCGCCCACCAACUUUGAUCCAUUGGUGAAAGCCGCUCGGUAUCAAGGUUUUGACGUAGCCACGGACACUGGUCUGGAACUUGCGCAUUCGCUCGAUAAAUGCGUUAAGGCGGAUAAUCCCUACUUCAAUAUGAUGAUACGAAUUCUAACCACGCGCUGUAUGAUGCAAGCAGUCUACUUCAUCAGUGGCAGCCUCCAAAAGGAGGAGUUUUUCCAUUAUGGUCUGGCAGCGCCCAUUUAUACGCAUUUUACCUCGCCCAUUCGUCGGUAUUCAGAUAUUAUGGUGCACCGUCUACUAGCAGCCUCCAUUGGAGCGGACAGCACCUAUGCUCAGCUUUUAGAGCGCAAGUCCAAUGAGGAGAUCUGCAACAAUUUAAAUUAUCGCCAUAAAAUGGCACAAUACGCUGGACGUGCAUCUGUGGCUCUUAAUACACAUCUGUUCUUCCGUGGCAAGGAGGAAGAUGAAGAGGGCUAUAUUUUGUUUGUGCGUAAGAAUGCGCUACAGGUGCUUAUACCCAAAUACGGACUGGAGGGCACACUUUAUCUGAAGAGUGAUAAGGAUGGCAAGGAUGGGUUGGAGCGCACAAAGAGCGAGGUUAUAUUCACAUUCAACGAAGAGGAUCACACACAACGAUGUGGCAAAGUGAUUUUCCAUUCCUUUGAUCCCGUCACUGUCAGAUUAAGUUUGGACUCGACCAAUGUGCAGCACGAAAAGUUAGUUUUCAGAUUAGUUAAACCGUACAUCAAAGGUUUUAGUGUGGAGACCAUAAUGGAUGUGGAUUCGGACCAACCGCCAGCUAAAAAAAUUAACAAAAAUAAAAAAAAGAAAUAAGAGAUGAAAUAUUUUUAUAAGUAUAACUUUGAAACUGAAUAAUGCUUUAAUUUGAAAGAGCGAAUACAAUAAAAAACAUUUAAAUGUUGUUCAUAAAAUUCCACAAA